AUGGCAGAGAUGGACGACAGUUUCUCUGUCGGGAGCUACUACACUCCAGACUCCAUUCUAAACAUCUUUACAUUUCUGCAGCUGAGCAUCUCAGAUAAGCCACAGACACACGGUCACACAGUCUGUGGCCAGCGUGGCCCUGGCCCCCCCGAACCUCAGGAGGGCAGCACAAUGUCUGGCGAGUGGCCGUGGCAGGCCAGUGUGAGGCAGCAAGGGCUUCACAUCUGCAGCGGCUCCCUGGUGGCAGAUACUUGGGUCCUCACUGCUGCCCACUGCUUUGAAAAGGCAGCAGCAACAGAACUGGACUCCUGGUCAGUUGUCCUGGGUUCUCUGCAGCGGGAGGGGCUGAGUCCAGGGGCUGAGGAGGUGGGCGUGGCUGCGCUGCAGUUGCCCCGAGCCUACAAUCACUACAGCCAGGGCUCUGAUUUUGCGCUGCUGCGGCUUGCCCGCCCCACAGCCCACACUCCCCUCUGCCUGCCUCAACCUACACAUCACUUCCCCUUUGGGACCUCUUGCUGGGCCACUGGCUGGGAACAAGGCACCAAUGAUACUCCCAGGAGCCUACGGAAUUUGCGCCUGCGCCUCAUCAGCCGCCCCACAUGUAACUGUCUCUACAAUCGGCUGCAUCAGCGGCCGCUGGCCAGUCCAGCCCGGCCUGGCAUGCUGUGUGGGGGUGCCCAGCCUGGGGUACAGGGACCCUGUCAGGGGGACUCAGGAGGCCCCGUGCUGUGCCAUGAACCCGAUGGACACUGGGUCCAGGCUGGGAUCAUCAGUUUCGCAUCAAGCUGUGCCCAGGAGGACACUCCAGUGCUGCUGACUGAUAUCAUUGCCCACACCUCCUGGCUGCAGGCUCGAGCUCAGGGGGCAGCCUUUUUAGCCCAGAGCACAGACAGCCCACAGAUCAGUGACGAGGACAGCUGUGUAGCCUGUGGGUCUCUAAGAAGGGAAGGCCCGCAGGCAGGAGCCUCCUCCCCUUGGCCCUGGGAUGCCAGGCUGAAACACCAGGGGAAGCUGGUCUGUGGUGGGGCCCUGGUCUCAGAGGAGGUGGUGCUGACUGCUGCCCACUGCUUCAUUGGACGCCAAAACCCUGAAGAAUGGAGCAUAGGGCUGGGAGCUGGACCAGAGGAACGUGGCCUGAAGCAGCUCAUCCUGCACGGGGCUUAUACCCACCCAGAAGGUGGACAUGAUGUGGCUCUCCUGCUGCUGGCCCAACCUGUGACACUGGGGCCCAGCCUUCGGCCCCUCUGCAUACCCUAUGCUGAUCACUAUCUGCCUGAUGGGAAACGUGGUUGGGUCCUGGGGCUGGCCCACCAAGGAGCAGAGGUAGGCGCUCUCCAGACAGUACCUGUGACCCUCCUGGGGCCCAGGGCUUGUAAUCGGCUGCAUGCAGCCCCUGGGAGUGCUGGCAUCCCAAUUUUGCCAGGAAUGGUGUGUAGCAGCGCUGUGGGUGAGCUGCCCCACUGUGAGGGUCUGUCUGGGACACCGCUGGUGCAUGAGGUGAGGGGAACAUGGUUCUUGGCUGGGCUACACAGCUUUGGAGAUGCUUGUCAAGGUCCUGCCAGACCUGCAGUCUUCACGGCACUCCCGGCCUAUGAAGAUUGGGUCAGUAGUCUUGACUGGCAAGUCUACUUCUCAGAAGAGCCUGAGCCCGAGGACGAGCCUGGAAGCUGCCCCACCAACAUGAGUACGUGGGCCUGGGGCUCCUUCUCUCAAUCUAGGGAGGAAGUCGUCCUGCCCAACCUCUAG